AUGAACGAAGAGAAUUUGAAAGAAGCAGUUUUGGAUUAUAUUAAUAAUGCUUUCGAUGAUGUAGUUGAACCCAAGAACUUCCCUGAUGUUAUUGAGGAGACUUUGGCUAAUCAUGUUAAGAGGAAUGAACAAUUGUUGAAGGAACCUCCUUCUCACGACCAGAGCGAUCAUCGAGCAUGUCUCCAAGCACGACUACUAAAUAUUGUCAGAGAGAAGCGAAUGAAUAAGGUUUGUUGAACUUUUACUGGUGACUAAAAUAUAUGUUUAUGAUCGUAAUAUUUUGCUUUUAGUAUCAAAACAGGAGCGAUGAAAUGAGGGACAACAUACGGCAGUUAUUUGAGAUCAAUUCGGAGGUGGGUUCGUUCUUUGAUAUAUAUUAUUCAUAAGUUUAGUUACAAUCAAUGAUCACACAUGCAAAGCACGAUAACCAGAAGCCAAAUAAUUUGUUUUGCAAUAGUAAAGAGUUCCAUGAUGAAAGUUACCAAAUGUUUCUCGAAGACCUCAACCGGCGACUAAAAUCCGAUUAUUCUGAAAUGAGGUCUCGUUCUUGA